ACUCUUGUUUAUCGACCGAUGUCAAACAUAGAUUCUCCAAAUAAAUAGAAAUUCCUCUUUCUCAAUCACUCAGCUUCACUUCACCAUGUUUGUUUCUUCUUCUUCUUCUUCUCCUCUUCUCAUUCUUUUCUUCAUUUCCUUCGCUGUUUCAGUCAGCUCAGUUUCUGUACGGCGAGGGACCCCACUUGACAUUACUUCGGAGCAAUCCGAUGAAACCCCCACUUACCUAUGGCCACUUCCGGCAGAGUACACUUCCGGCAACGAGGCUCUUGAUGUUGAUCCUGCACUCAAGCUCACCGUCGCCGGAAACGGUGGCGGCUCCGUCGUUCUGAGAGCGGGGUUUGAUCGGUACAGAGGGAUCGUAUUCAAGCACACUGGAUUGGGAUUGGGGUUUAGUUUUAUAAGAAAGCUGAGGGAGCGGUUGGUGUCGUCUGUUUCGGCAUACGAUGUUGACACAUUGAACAUCACUGUCCAUUCAGAAAACGAGGAGCUUCAAUUUGGAGUGGAUGAAAGCUAUACCCUGCUGGUUCCCAAAGCCAAGGACUCUUCCCAAGUUACAAUUGAGGCAAAUACUGUUUAUGGUGCAUUGCGGGGAUUAGAGACAUUCAGCCAGUUGUGUUCUUUCGAUUAUACAACUAAAAAAGUAAAAAUAUACAAGGCACCUUGGUCCAUCCAAGAUAAACCUAGAUUUGCAUAUCGUGGGCUUUUGUUGGAUACAUCAAGGCACUAUUUACCAAUUAUUGUAAUUAAGCAGAUUAUUGAAUCUAUGUCCUAUGCUAAACUUAAUGUUCUACAUUGGCACAUCAUAGAUGAGGAGUCAUUUCCGCUGGAGGUACCUACAUAUCCAGACUUGUGGAAAGGUUCAUAUACUCGGUGGGAACGUUACACAGUUGAAGAUGCAUAUGAAAUUGUCAACUUCGCCAAAAUGAGAGGUAUAAAUGUGAUGGCGGAAGUGGAUGUCCCUGGUCAUGCAGAAUCAUGGGGUGCAGGAUAUCCUGAUCUUUGGCCAUCACCUAGCUGUAGGGAGCCACUUGAUGUUUCAAAGAACUUUACUUUUGAUGUCAUUUCUGGUAUUCUGACAGAUAUUAGAACGAUUUUCCCAUUUGAGCUAUUUCACUUGGGUGGUGAUGAAGUUAAUACUGAUUGCUGGCGUAGUACCCCUCAUAUAAAAGAAUGGCUUCAGAAUCACAACAUGACCGCUAGAGAUGCCUAUCAAUAUUUUGUACUGAAGGCUCAAGAGAUUGCCGUUUCAAAAAAUUGGAGUCCAGUGAAUUGGGAGGAAACCUUCAAUACGUUUCCAUCAAAGCUCCAUCCAAAAACCAUUGUGCACAACUGGUUGGGCCCUGGUGUUUGUCCAAAGGUUGUUGCAAAAGGUUUCAGGUGCAUUUACAGUAACCAGGGUGUCUGGUAUCUUGACCAUCUGGAUGUACCUUGGGAUGAGGUCUAUACUGCUGAGCCACUAGAAGGAAUACAAAAAGCUUCUGAACAAGAGCUUGUAAUUGGAGGAGAAGUUUGCAUGUGGGCUGAGACAGUCGAUACAUCCGAUGUUCAGCAAACAAUAUGGCCUCGAGCUGCUGCAGCUGCAGAACGCUUAUGGAGUCAGAGAGAUUCUUCCUCAAAAAAUGUUACCAUAACUGCAUUGCCUCGGUUGCAAAACUUCAGAUGUCUGUUGAAUAAACGAGGGGUUCCAGCUGCUCCUGUGAAGAAUUUUUAUGCUAGAAGGGCACCUGUGGGUCCAGGGUCAUGUUAUGAGCAAUAAUCCAUAUAAUGAUCCUUCUGUCGUGUGUAAUCUGGUUGUUGAUGCCAGAACUCUAAUCUUCCGCCAACCCAUAUUGCAAUGUAAUUUACUGUUGAAUUAAAUAAAUCAUGUCCAGUUUACAUUUUUUUAA